AUGAUCAAGACCCUGAUUCCUUACUCCAACACUGCAAAAACAGCUGAAAUUAUGUCUAGGUAUAGGCCUAUAGCUCCAAAGCCUGAAGGUCCUGUGAGUUCAAUGGACGAGAGUUCAUCCAUGUCUCAGAAAAUCAGAGAUUCUCCUUAUUUAAGGAACCUUUGGCCCCAAAUGCAGGCUAGGCCUACCAGAACCAGGAAGAGAGGCAGAGCUGCCGUAUCACCACCUACCUUCAAAAGACCAAGAACCCAUUUGCUGGGCCUUUCUUCUCCUGGUCAUGUAACAUCCCCUGCCAAGCAUCUCUCAUUUCAGUGUUUUGCUCAUGGGAUUCCUCAGCUUCCUGUUCCAAGCCUGGUUGGGGUCAAUAGCGGCUUGGAAAAUUCAGUUACUGUGUCAUCAAAUCUAGUAACACUUCCACUUCUUCAGAGUCCUACAACAGUUCCUGUUGUUGGAAACCAAGCAGCAGAUCCUAAGCUUAGUUGCCUGGAACGAAAUAGAGACAAGGCCAUAGAUUUGAACACCGUGGCUGAAAUUCCCGAAGAGAGGGAUCUCCUACAGCAAUUACAGGAACCUCCCAGCAGCAAUGUUAUAGCACCCCAACCGCUUCGACCAGUAGGCUCAAGCAUAAGUGUUGCCUGGAUCAAUGAAGACCCAAGCUCCAUCCCACCAACGAAAGUUCCAAAGAAGCCAGAGGAAGUUGAGGAAGAGGUUGAGUCUGAGGUCUUGCCAACAGUGAUAUCGGAUUCCAACAACAAAGUGAGGCUGGCAAAUUCUGCUUACAAAGAAAUGGUGGGUCAGCCAGAAUGUUCUUGGCUUGACUCAAUGAUGACUGGUGACGGACGAUUUGCUGGCAGUUCAUGCAAAAGGAUAUGUGGGGAGGUGGGGCUUCAUCUUUCUGAUUUGAGAGUGCCAGCAUCUUCAAAUGGGUUUUCAUGCUGGGUGAGGAUAGCAUGGUGCAACAAUGGGAAAAGGAAUAUGAUCAAUACUUUCUGUGAUGUUGUCAGAUUAUCAUGCGAAUCCAAGGACUACCUGUUUAGCUGGAGGUUCCACACUUGUACCAGAAAGAAUUCUCUGUCCAAGACCAAUGCUUAA